GAUCUGGUGAGAUCUGUGUCCGCCUCCCUCGCUCCGGUGGGAGAGAAGAAAAUAAACCUACCGCCGCUAACCAGGCUAGUUAUGGAACCAGACCCCAAAUACUGCCUGAGCGGACCGUAAGUGGAGCAGAGUGGCUCACCCUGCAUGCAGCGACUCUCUUUUGGGGAGAAUAGCCCGGGGACCGCAGGGGAUUUUUCGGACGGUUUCUCCUCAUUGUGUUGGAGUCAAGUUGUAGACGCCAGCCAGGAGACGCUUUCAUUAGCUAGCUAGCCGAGCUAACCGUAGCUUAGCAGAGGAGCAGUGGGUGAACUUCGCAUGGACCGAGCGCUGCGAACGGGAGAGUAGCCCGCCGCCUCACCGCCAGCCUUUCCGUCGGCUCCUGUGCUUCACAUGGGAGUCGGUCGCUGCUCCAUGGACACUAUCGCCCCGGAGCGCGAAGGCGAACACUGUGUGCAAAUGUUGUUUUUGUGGCUGACGCCGUCACGUUAUUGAUCUGGAAAGCUAACAGGAUAUUAGCCAGCUUUCUCGCCUCUCCGCUUUGUGGUCGCAGGCCACGGACUGAGAAGCAUUCAUCCCUGGCUGAGUGAUGAGGAGGCUGGCUUGAUGGCAGCUAAUUGUUUAACGGGAAGCAGCAAUUGGAUACAACUAAACGGACAAAAGGAGGGUUUGAUUUGAACGUAGUCUCCGAGCACCGCAGCUCCACUUUGGUCUUUUUUUUCCUGUUUUUUAAAACUUGAAAAUGCAUCGCAGUGCUGGAGCUUAUUCGAAGUUGGGAUAGAAGAGACGCACGGGAACACGUCGGGAUUACGGCUCCACCUCCCAGAGAAGCUGCUUGCCGAGAAGGGAGCUGAAGUUUGUAUAAUGUCUACCGCAAAAGAAAACCCCUGUAGGAAAUUCCAGGCGAACUUCUUCAACAAGAGUAAAUGUCAGAACUGCUUCAAGCCUCGAGAGCUGCAUCUGCUGACGGACCAGGAUCUGACCCAGGCUAAACCUAUUUAUGGUGGAUGGCUUUGCUUGGCCCCGGAGGGAACUGACUUUGACAAUCCUAUGCAAAGAUCCAGGAAAUGGCAAAGAAGAUUCUUUGUGCUGUACGAACAUGGCUGUUUACGCUUUGCCCUGGACGAGUCGCCAAGCACGCUGCCUCAGGGAACCGUGAACAUGAACCUCUGCACCGACGUCAUUGACGCUGAGCCCAAGACCGGCCAGAAGAACUCCCUGUGCAUCAUCACGCCAGACCAGGAGUACUUCAUCAGAGGAGAGAAUAAAGAGAUCAUCAAUGGGUGGAGUGAGCAGCUGGUGGUUUACCCCCGAACCAACAAACAGAACCAGAAGAAGAAACGCAAGGUGGAGCCUGCGACCUCCCAGGAGCCAGGUCCAGCCAAGGUAGCAGUGACUGGCUCUGGUAUCCCUGAGGCAGAGAAGGUUCCAGACUCCAGCUCCAUAAUCUGGCAGGAGGAGCUGAACCAGAGGGAGGCUGAGGGAGCUAUAGUCUGGGCCCCUGCUGACGUGCCCCCAGGAUCACCACUGCCCUCCACAGGUGAAUGUGCGUCUGUGGGCCAUGGCUCAGAUGCAGGCUCAGUCAAUGGCGACGAGGUGGACCGGGGAAGCCUGCCAAUGCACAGCUCUGUGCCGCAGCCACCCAGUGACCUUCUCUCCCCCACUGGCUCCUGCUCCAGCCUGGGAGGAGUCCCCCGCUGCCUCUCCCCAGCCCCCAGCGACCCCUUUCCCUCUGGCAGCUCCCUGCUCUCCAAUGGCUCGCACAUCAGCGGCUCGGUCAGCUCUUUGGACUCGGAUGCCAGCGGCAGCACAGUGACCAGCACAGACAGUCACCCGACCUCCCAGAGGGGCAGCCACCCCUUCAGCCACCACGACACGCCGCGGUCCAGACGGCUGGAGGCUGAGGCCAGAAAGGCAGAGAAGAGGAGUCGGUAUAGGAGCCCUGACAGGCAGGAGAGGGAGGCCGUCCUCAGCCCCGAGAGGAGUCGCUCUGGCGUUAUUGAGAAGCUGGAGGCCUUGGAGCUGGAGAAUCAAGAGAAAAUGGAGGUGGAAGAGUUGGGGAGGACUGGAGAGAGACAGGGCCGAAGUGAGCACAGGCGCUUCCACAGAGAGGGGCAGAGGCAUGAUGUUGGUCAGGGUCGCGACUUCCCCUCCACCCUGCCCCCUCUGAGGAGAGCCAAGUCCCUGGACCGAAGGACCACUGAGUCAGUCAUGACUCCGGAUUUACUGAACUUCAAGAAAGGUUGGAUGGUGAAGCUGGAUGAGCAAGGCCAGUGGAAGAAAUACUGGUUUGUGUUGACGGAUCACAGCCUGAGAUACUACAAGGAUUCAAUAGCAGAGGAGGCCUCUGACCUGGAUGGUGAGAUUGACCUGUCCACUUGCUACAAUGUAACUGAGUACCAGGCUCAACGCAACUAUGGUUUCCAAAUACAUACGCAGGAGGGAGUGCACACUCUGUCCGCCAUGACGGCAGGUAUACGCAGGAACUGGAUCCAGGCGGUCAUGAAGAACGUCAGGCCCUCCACUGCCCCUGACGUGGCGAGCUCGACUGAGGAUCAUGGCUCCUUCCCUCCUUUGGAAGGUCUGGUUAGACCAGACGUCACUCAGGACUCCCCUUCAUCAGAGGCCUCUGUAGAGAGAGAAUCCGCUCCGGGCAUCACAAAGAGCCGGGCGCGCGAGCGCCGACGAGAAGGCCGCUCGAAGACCUUCGACUGGGCAGAAUUCAGACCCAUCGCUCAGGCUCUGGCUCAGCAGAGGGCACAAGAGGCUGAGAGCCUCCAGGCAGACUUGGGAGAGCUCGAGCGGAGCCGGAGGAGGGAGGAGAGGCGGAAAAGGUAUGAGUCUGUGACCAGCUCAUCGACAGAGCCCACAUCCCCUAAAGAGGCAGGGAGGACAGACUAUGAGAGUGGAGAGGGAGUUGGACAGUUGGAUUCAUUAGGUCCCACGUCUUUGGAGAGGCAGCAGAGGGUGGAGGAGGUGAUAGAACAACACUGGCAACAGGUGGAGAAGACACCCAUACGGGACGAGAGAAGGGUGCCCCUGCCCACCACAGCACAAACCAGAGAGACGGCAGAGUUGGAGCAGCUGUUGGAGAAUUACAAGCAAGGGAUAGAGGACCUAAAGUUACACUUGCAGAGCUGUCACCAGCAGCUCAUCGACUCCAACAAUCACAAACAGGUGCUGGAGCAGCAGCUGAGAACAGCUCUGGAGCGAGAGCAGGACAUCCGCACAGGUUACAUCUCUCCGCUGGAGCACCCUUUGGGUCUGGAGGCUGAUGUGACGCCCCAGACGAAGAGGCCCGAACUGGUUAGUUCUCAAGCACAGAGUUUAACAAAGAAGUAUCAGGAGACCAAAGAGCUCCUGAAGCUGCAAGAACUGAAAAAGCGCAAUAUGCAGGCACAGCUUGGCCUCUCGCUUUCUCAACUCCCCAUCAAGGAACCUUACCUUUCUGAUCCAUCGAUUCUGGAAAGCCCUCCCCCUGAAACUGUUCAAAAACCUGUUAGCAUCUUGCUCCAGGACAGCUCAGAGGCAAUUCAGGACCUAGAAGACUUGAUAAGUGGUAAAACGCUUACUCUAACAGAGCUGGGGAAAGUGAUGAAAUCCUAUAUUUAUAAUCAAGCCACAACAGAGACACAUCAACUUCAGAAGCUCUUGGAGACAUGGAAGUACCAGCAGGAGAUAGACAAUGAAACGAUAAAAAACAGUUUAGCCAAGGCAGGUGAAAUCAUCCGUGAAUAUGAAGCCCGUCUUCUUACCAUGGAGGAUUUGGUGGGGAAAGUUCAGAAGCAAGAAUUGGAACGUCUACAAAACCCCUACGGCCCCCUAUCAACAAUUGAAAACCAUUCAGAGACAAAUGAGAUGACAGUCGGAAUGCUCUCUCAGAGGGUCGAACUUUUAACAAAUGAAAAUGGAGCUUUGAAACAACGCUGUCAGGAAAUAGUAAACCAACUGACUGAGGCCGACAGAGAAAUAGACAGACUGAAAGCUGAGCUGAUCAGCCAGCAGGGCGGCAAACAGCAUCAUCUAGUAAUGGAAGAGUUGAAAAGACUAAAGGCUGAACUGGCUGAAAACCAAGCUAACGCCAUAGACAGGGAGUAUUAUGAGAGGGAGCUGAAUGAGAAAUCCUUGAGGCUGCAUGAAGCUCUUGUCACGUUGGAGGAGCUUGGCAACACCCUUAAAGACACAGAGAAGAAGCUGCAGUUGAAAGAUGCCACAUUGAAAGGUCUGGGCUUCCCGACAGAUUAUGAGGACGAGGAGUUACAGCCAGAGAAAGAGCAACUCAACGAGCUACUGGAAGCCUCACAAACAAAGCUAUUUGAAACGGAGGCAAACCUGCAGUCUACAGAGCAGCGCUGUAUUGAACUGGACGCUAGGAACAGUGAAUUAAUGGCACUAAACCAGGAAUAUCAGAAAGUCAGUGGAGAGAAACUAGAAGAAGCAGAAAAUGAAAUAAGAAUGCUAAAAGAGAAGUUAGGAAUUGAGAAAGGAAGAGCUGAAAUGACCGUUGGCAAGUGUGUUGCAGCAGGAAAAAAGCAGGUCGAUGAUAAAGAACUUAUAAAGCAAGUAGUAGAAGAGGUGGAGAUGAGAUCUGAGGCAAUUAAUCAAGUUGUAGAGAUGUUAGGAAAGGUAGAUGUUAAUGUAGAGAGAAUGCUUAGUGAUUUAAAAAGCACUUUAUUUGGUUCUUUGAAAGAAGAGCCAUUCCAUGUGAGCCCAAAAGAUGUGAGGUUGGUAGUGGAGGGAGAGUUCUGGAGUCAGCUGUUGGGCACCUCUGAAAUACAUCCAGAGGAAACUCAUUGCAGCAGUGGGAGAAGUGUGGCCGAACAGAUGAUGGCACAGAAGAGGCUGAUGAUCUUGACGAGAGGGAUUUGUUCACAAGCGAAUGUUUACAGUGAAGUGGUGACUAUGCCAGAUUUUGCAUCCAUGUACAGUUGGCUUGACAAUGAAAAGAAUGCUAUGAUUCUCAAAGAGUUAACUGAGACAUUGGAGGCAAAGUCAAAUAGUUUGAAGCAGCUUGCGUCGAAGGUAAAGCUUGAUGAAGAUGACAUGCUCCUGUCCAUGGCUCAAUCAAGCUUUGGUUGUGAGCAGAAACAGCCCUGUGACUAUUUGCUUGAAGCUUUCAAAGAAGCCUGCACGUCUUAUGUGAUCAUUAGGUUGAACAUCCAGCAUGACAAAGAGCUAAAGCAUAAACAGACAGAAGUUCAAGCUUGUGGCUUGGACUGUCCUAAUUGUCCCAAAUUAAGAGAAGUUGUCAGUGAUCUCCAGUCCAAACUAACCGAUCUCCAGGGUCGGCUAUCUGAGGCAUGUCUAAAAACCACUACAGGGCCCCAAACUUUGAUUCAGAUUGAAGGAGAGCCCAUUGAUUCAUUGGAUAAAACCAUUGAGUUACAAGACAUGAUAGCAAGACAUAGAAAGGAGCUUCAAGAAGUCAAAGAUGGCUAUGAGGAGGAAGCUGAAAAGAUGAGGCAGGAAAUAGCUACGGCAAGCGAAACACUGCAUCUCCGGUCAGAGGAAACCGUGAAAGAGAUUGACUCAUUGACUGGCUGCAUGGAGAACCUCAAGAAGAAGCACGAAUUAGAAAGGUCGAACCUAACGGAGAGGUUUGAUGGGGAGAUGGAAGAGCUGAGGAGCAUGAUGAGUCCAGUCAACCCAGAGAGGACCUCAACAGAUGGGUGUACUGCCUCAGAUCCCGCUUCGGCCCAAACUUCAACCCUGAAGCAGCGCAUUCAAGAGCUGGUGACCCAAGUUUCAGUCAUGACGGAAGAGAUGAAGCGGCGCAAAGAGCAGGGCGACGCUACAACUCAACGGCUGAAAUACGAGAAAGACCUGGAAAACCUGAAGGCCACCUGUGAGAGGGGCUUCGCUGCCAUGGAGGACUCCCAUCAGAAGGUUAUAGAUGAGCUGCAGAGGAAACACCAGAGAGAGCUGGAGAACCUGCAUGAGGAGAAAGAGCGGCUGCUGGCAGAGGAGACGGCAGCCACCAUCUCGGCAAUUGAAGCGAUGAAGAACGCCCACCGUUCAGAGCUGGAGAAGGAGCUGGACAGGGCUCGCAAGGCCAACAACAACGCAGAGAACGCAGACAUGGACGAGAUGGCCAGACAGCAUGAGGAGGAGCUGUGUUCGUACCAUCGAGAGAUCGAGGUGCUGUCGGAGCAGUACUCCCAGAAGUGCCUGGAAAACGCCCACUUGGCCCAGGCGCUGGAGGCCGAGAGGCAGGCCCUUAGGCAGUGUCAGAGGGAGAACCAGGAGCUCAACGCACACAACCAGGAGCUGAACAACCGUCUGGCAGCAGAGAUCACAAAGAUGCGCUCCAUGACAUCUGAGGACGGAGUCGGAGACACGAACACCACGAUACAGGGGAAAGAGCUCUAUGAGUUAGAAGUGAUGCUGAGGGUGAAGGAGUCUGAGGUCCAGUACCUGAAGCAGGAAAUCAAUUCCUUAAAGGACGAACUCCAAUCUGCCCAAAGAGACAAGAAAUAUGCAACAGAUAAGUACAAGGACAUCUACACAGAGCUGAGCAUCGUCAAGGCCAAAGGGGAGCGGGAUCUGGGGCGGCUCAGAGACCAGCUGCAGCUGGCCCACGACGCUCUUGGGGAGCCAUCGCUGGAGGAGAUGGAGCGAGUGGGAUACGAUAUCAUGAAAUCCAAAAGCAACCCCGACAUCCUCAAGAUGGCAGCUGCUGCAGCCAAGCGCUCAGAACGCACCAUGAGAUCGAAGUCUGAGAGUCAGGACACUCCCUAGGACAGACAGGGCUGCUGAGGACGUGUAGGCCUCCCUCCCCUUCUCCCUUAGAGUCUAAAGGAAGGGCUAACAGCUGAGCAGAGACUUCACCUGUUUGAAAAUAAAGACACGAAGGAGUUCUGACGCAUCAUGUCCACCCACCUUGGUGCAUGUUUAGAAGCCCACUAUAUUUUAGCUCUGUAAUUUCUUAUUUAGUAACACGACACACUGGUCACAAACACAGAUCAUAUAUUAUUAAAAAAAACAUGGUAUGAAGUUUGAAUUUCAUGUCUAGAGUUUGCAUUCCAUGCACUUCAGUUAACUGUGACUUUUUUUGUAUUGUUUAUUAUUUUUGCUGCCAUGUCUUACUGUAAAUACUGUUUUUAAUUGAGCAUUUGUCUUGCGUACACUAAAACUAUGACUGUGUAAGCUACUGUUUUAACUCCCUAGACUGUUGCUAGCCAAAGGCGUAACUGUGAUGUUUAAUGGCUGAAACACAACCACAUACUGACGAGUGAGUAAUACUUGCAUAGCGAAAGCAUAGGAAUGAGUCCGGCGUUAAGGCGCGCACGUUAACGCUCCAUCACUCCGUUAUUAUGUUGCUUCAUCAAAGCCUGAUAUUAAAGUGACAUCGAACAUGUUCUCUGUUCCCUCGGGUCAAUCUGAGAUGUCUGUUUUAAAGGGGACAGCUGAAUGUGUACGACGGGAUUCACUAACUAUAAUUUAAAUAUAUAUAUGAAAUUUAUUUAGUUUUUUUUUUUUUCUCUCACUGCAAUCAUCCAGCUGUAUAGGAGUUGUUGGAGUUGGUUUCUGUUUGUAGUCUUGUUCAGUGGCAGUCCCUUUGUAUUUAUUUAAAUGGUUGGGAGUUUUUUUUUUCUUUCACAUUCCCAUUCCUCUGUACUCUAUUAUUGUAAAUAUAAAGCAAAUAUACACCAACUGACUACAGGUUUAUUAGCAAUAAAUAUUUUUGCACCCUU